AUGCGAUCCCUUUCCGCGGCGCUGAAGCUGCGGCCGCGCAAUGCCGCUCGAGGGCUGCGGCAGCUUCAUCCAUUGUGGACUCUCGGCAGGCGUGGAUUCGCCGACGUCGCGGAGGGCACCAGGCCAUUCGAUGUUGUCGUUGUCGGAGGCGGCCACGCCGGUGCAGAAGCAUGCGCUGCCGCCGCCCGAGCCGGUGCGCGAACAGCUCUCGUCACCCCCAAGAUCGAAAACCUGGGCACCUGCUCCUGCAACCCCUCCUUUGGAGGCGUCGGCAAGGGAAUCAUCCUCCGCGAGAUUGACGCUCUUGACGGGUUGGCCGGCAGGGUCAUCGACAAGGCCGGCGUGCAGUUCAGAGUCCUCAACAGGGCCAAGGGGCCCGCGGUAUGGGUACGAAGAAGCAUGCUCUCUGCCAAGAUGACGAUGACCGGUCCUCGAGCGCAAAUCGACCGAAAACUCUACCAGAAACACAUGAGGGAAGAGCUGGAAACGUAUCCAAACCUCUCAAUCGUCCUCGGAAGCGUGUCCGACAUUGUCACGAGCGCAAACCCAGACACCGCGGGCUCUGCCCCGAGCAAGAUCACGGGGGUGCGGCUCGAGUCCGGCGAGGUGCUUCCGACGAGCGCCGUCAUCAUCACGACCGGAACGUUCCUCAGCGCUGAGAUCCACAUUGGCAUGAAAGCGUACCCUGCAGGGCGCAUAGGAGAAGAUGCGUCCUUUGGACUAAGCAAAUCGCUGAAAGACGCCGGCUUCCGCCUGGGGAGACUGAAGACGGGAACGCCGCCACGCAUCGCCAGGGACAGCAUCGAUUACACGCACCUCGAGAGGCAGCCCGGCGACGACCCCCCGAUGCCCUUCAGCUUUCUGAAUGACCGGGUCGCUGUUGAGGAGCAGAUGUCGUGUUAUGUCAGCUACACGAACGAGGCGACGCACGCGAUUGUACGGGACAACCUGGACAAGACCAUCCAUAUCCGAGAAACGAUCAGGGGCCCGAGAUACUGCCCGUCGCUAGAAGCCAAGAUUGUCCGGUUCGCCGACAAGGACAGGCAUAUCGUCUGGCUGGAGCCUGAGGGGUUCGACAGCGAGCUCGUAUACCCCAACGGAUUGUCCAUGACCGUACCGCCCGAGGCGCAGGAGCAGAUUCUGCGCUCUAUUCCCGGAUUGGAAAACUGCGUCAUGACACAGGUGGGUUACGGCGUCGAGUACGAUUACAUUGAUCCUCGGAGCCUCAAGGCGACACUCGAGACGAAGAACAUUGCUGGUCUAUUUCUGGCGGGUCAAAUCAACGGCACCACCGGCUACGAAGAGGCAGCUGGGCAGGGUAUCAUUGCCGGCAUCAACGCCGGCCGAUCCGCUCUGGGUCUUGCCCCGGCCGCAGUGUCCAGAGCGGACGGCUACAUUGGCAUCAUGAUUGACGAUCUCAUCACAAAGGGCGUCACGGAACCGUACAGGAUGUUCACGACCAGAAGCGAGUACAGGCUGACGUCGCGGGCGGACAAUGCAGACCUCAGGCUGACGGAACAGGGACGAGAGUGGGGCGUAGUGUCGGACAAGCGAUGGACGGCCUUCAAUGACGAGAAGCAGCAGAUGAACCACCUCAUGACAUUGCUCUCGUCGACCAGCAAGAGCAGUCCCGAGUGGUCGAGGCAAGGGUUCCAGGUAAAGGAGGACACCACCCGACGUGACGCGACCGAUAUGCUCCGGCUGCGCAACGUGACCAUGGACCAAGUCGCCGCCGCAGUGCCCGGUGUGGAGGCCUUUCCCGAGCGCAUCAAGUCUCGCGUGCACAUCGAGGCGACGUAUGCGCCCUUUAUCAAGCGCCAGCUUGCCGAGCGUAAGGUCUUUGCCCGGGACGAGAGCCUGCGGCUGCCGGCCUCGAUUGACUAUGACAAGGUCCCCGGGUUGGCCAUGGCCGAAAAGGCCGUCUUGAAGGCGACCAUGCCCGAGACUUUAGCCCAGGCGAGACGGUUAGAAGGCAUCACUCCGUCCGGUUGUAUACGCCUGCUAGGCUAUGUUCAACGUCAACAGCGGAGCACGGCAAUGGCAAACAUGCCCAAGCCAUGGCGGACGAAGAACGAGGGCCCCAAAGAUGAGGGAACCUCUCCGCUUCCGUAG